ACCCCUCUUUCUUUUCCUCUCUCGCAUUUCAGUCGGCCAGACCAGAUGAGCCAUCUCCGGCCACCACCCAAUGACACGCACCCCACCACGAGCUUCCUUGGCCCCCGAAACCCCGAACCCGUGAAGCUCGCCUCCCCACUCGCCGGCCUCCGUUGCGAUUGGCUCCCCGAAGUUCCGUCGUCGCUGUGAGUUUGGAGGAUUGUUCUGGCCUCCACUGUGGACGAUGAAGGCUCCUGCUGGCGACGACGAUGGGGAAGGCGACGGCGAAGGCUCCUGAGCUGGUGAAGUUCUCAGGCGUGGGUGGUGCUGCCAUUCUCUUCAAGACGAUUAUUGAUGGAGUCUCUUCUUCUUCUUCUCUUGGUGGUCAUAACAUCGCUCCAUGAAAGUAGCUACGCAGAGAAUACAAGACCUGUUGUGUGUUCUUCUUCAUCACGUGGUAGUAUCUCUAAUAUAAAAUCUCCUUUCCGACUCACCACUGAUCCAUUGAGCUGUGGAGACUUAAGGUACAAUCUUUCUUGUGAGAACAACAUUACAGUCUUAAACUUGCCUAUUCAACAUGGAUACACAAAUAAAUUUAAUUAUCAAAGAUACUACGUACUGGCAAUCAACUAUAACAACUAUACGAUUCGAGUUGUUGAUCCCAAUUUUCACAAACUUCAUCAAAACUACUCAUCCUUCUUCACCAACAAUACUUUGUCCUCUGGAGAUUUAAGAUUAUAUGAUAGUUAUGAAGCACGAUUUGCUUUGGACAUAGGAACAUAUAGUAUUUUUCAUGAAAAGUACCGAAAAGUUGCGAAAACUCUAGUGUUGGUUAACUGUGAAAGAGUAGUGAAGAAUUUUUCGUACAUUGAUGCAACUCCUUGCAUAUUAAAGAGUAAUAAUAGCAGUUUUAUUUGGUCUUAUUAUCUAUUGGAUAUUGCUUAAAUGAGUCCUUCUGAGUUGGAGGAGUCCUAUUGGGUACAACAAGUGAGUCUCGUAGAUGAAACAAGCUUUCAAGGAUCCAAACCUUCCUGUUAUGACAUCAACAAGCAGCUAGCUCUAGGGUUUCAGCUUUCAAGGAUUCGAAGCUUUGACAAAACAGAAGGGAUUCGACAAAUUUGUCGCCUCAACAAAAAGUCCAACAAAGUUAGCUGUAGUUAUUAUUUUUCUACAUGCAUAUUUAGAGAAACGUUCAGACCAAAUGAAAGAAAUCAAAAGUGUGACUCGUCCGAAAUAUUUUUGAGCAAUGUUAUGUUUUGCACAAAAUAUUACUUAUGCGAUAUAGGAAGGUACAUAUAUAUUGGUUAAUAUUUUGACUGGUCUUGAAGCAUUGGAUCGGUAGCUAAUUGCAAGAGGUAUGUUGUAUUUCAUUUUUUUUAAUUUUCAAUAUUUUACAAUCUUGAAUGAUAAUUGUAUUACUUUAGUGGAGUUUGAAUAUGUUAGAUAUUCAUCCGUAGUGAAGUAGGUUCUGAGAAUUCUGUGUGCUGCGGUGAUAACGGAAGAUUGAGAACUUGCAUGUCUUAGUGAAGUAGGUUCUGAGAAUUUUGUGUGCUGCGGUGAUAUAUGGAUGAAAACCUGUGUGUUGUUUGAUUUGAUUGACAUGUUGGUGUUGAAUGUGACAGAUGGUUAGGCUAGUAAAUUAGGGGAUAUGUUGUCCGAUUUUCUAUAGAUGGUGACAUGUUGGCUUUUCUCUUUUUCUUCUAUUUUCAGUGCAAGAUGUGUAUUUUACUAUGUUUUAAUUUUCAUGUAAUAUGCUUUUUUUGUACCCUUUUUUAUUCAUUGUUUCCUCAUGGAAGCCCAAGGCCUUUCUUUGUCUCUUUUGUAAACACCAAUUUUUUAUUUAAAUUGUUUUUAGCAAAUUUAUGAUCAUGAGUAUCAUCUAGAAUGUGUUCAAGAGAGUCUAUGAGUUUUAGUUAGCCUCUCGUGGUUGCUUAACUAACUUUGUUACAACAGCCAUGUGAUGGGUUGUUAUUUCCGUUUUGGUUUCUUGAGCUUUAUAUAGUCUCUUGUGCACUAAUGAGAACUAACUUUUUCUAUCUUUUCUUUGCUUUUCUCUUGUGCACUAAUGAGCUUUAUACGUACAUAUAUAUAUUAAUUUAAAAAUUAAUUCUUUUGUAGAAAAUAUUAUAUAUAAAUAUAUAAUUGACCUCAAUGUAUCAGGUCUUCUUCAAUU